AUGUCGAGCUAUCUGUGGAGGAAAUAUGCACUAUACGUGACCACCAAGUGGGAGAGGACCCUUCUGUGGGACAUGAUCGAGCCCUACAGGCGGCCUAAGUCUUUUAUGCCUCUUGUCACCAUUUAUAUCUGUGCUUUUUACACAGGGGUCAUUGGUGCUGCAAUCACUGAGCAACUCUACAAGGCAGCAUCAGAGGCUAUAAGAAGCUCUGUAGAACCAAUUCUUAAGCAAUACCGUCCAGCAAUUUUGGCAUCUCUAAAGUUCUCUAAGUUGACUCUUGGUACUGUGCCACCUCAGUUCACAGGAGUUUCCAUCAUCGAGGGUGAAUCUGACGAGAUAAUUAUGGAAUUGGACUUGCAGUGGGAUGGAAAUCCUAAAAUUGUACUUGAUAUAAAGACUAGACUUGGUGUAACUCUACCAAUACAGAAAAAUCUCGACUUUAGCCUCAAAGUGAUUGGCGGUGAUAUAUCAGCAAUUCCAGGAGUAUCUGAUGCUCUUGAGGAAACAAUACGAGAUGCUAUUGAAGAUUCUAUCACUUGGCCAGUACGUAAAAUCAUACCCAUAUUACCAGGAGAUUACAGUUACCUAGAGUUAAAGCCAGUGGGGACUUUGAAUGUGAAGCUCAUUGAAGCAAAGGAAUUAACAAAUAAGGACAUAAUUGGAAAAUCUGAUCCAUUUGCCGAGCUAUUCGUCCGUCCCCUACGUGACCGGAUAAAAACUAGCAAAACAAUAAACAAUCAAACAAGUCCAAUCUGGAACGAGCACUUUGAGUUUGUUGUGGAGGAUGUAACCACCCAACAUUUGACCAUAAGAGUUUAUGAUGAUGAAGGAAUUCAAGCUUCUGAACUAAUUAGUUGUGCUCAAUUACCACUAGGCGAGCUUGAGGCUGGUAAAGUUAAAGAUGUGUGGUUGAAACUGGUGAAGGAUCUUGAGAUCCAGAAAGACCAGAAAAACCGUGGUCAGGUGCACUUGGAGCUCCUGUACUGCCCUCUGAAUGCUGAGAGCGAAUUUUUAAAUCCUUUUUACCCUGACUUCAGAUUAACGACGGUGGAGAAGGCCUUCAAAGAAGCACUUGAUGGGGCAGAUUCCCUAAAUCAACGAGAAAUGAAGAAGUCUGAACAGACCUACAAGACUAGGGUCCUCAACGAUACCUUGAAUCCAGUUUGGAAUCAGACCUUCGAUUUUGUAGUUGAGGAUGGGUUACACGAGUUGCUAAUCCUUGAAGUUUAUGACCAUGACACAUUUGGGAAGGAGAAAAUGGGUAGAUGCAUCAUGACUCUGACGAGAGCCAUAUUGGAGGGAGAAUUUACAAUUAGUUUCCUUAAUGAUGGUACCGAUUCAGGAAGGUUGAAUUUGAGCAUCAAGUGGACUCGACAACAAUCAGUCGAGAUUGAUCGAGGUCUGAUCUAGUCAGCAAGAGACUACUUCCCAUGCUUAUGUUCUUCCUGAUGCUCAAAGUAAGAGUGACGAUGAAAAGGCCCAUCGCUGGUUAAGUUGGCCGAGAACAAAACAACAAAAAAAUAUGUCUUGUUAUCAUGUAGAUAUUAUAUAUAUGUAUGUGUGCAUGCAAGUAUAUAGGGGAAUGUUGCAAUAUAUGCUGGUGUGGAUGAUGAGAAGAGUGGAGUUGUGUGAAAUGGAACUUAAUUUUGAUAUAAACAUGAAUUCAUUUUAAGUUGUCUAAUUAAGAGGGGAAUUGAUGGCUAUUCUUGUUAACAAGUCAAACAAUUGAAACAACAAUGCCAUCUGCUUGAAAUGUUGUGUUGCAUACAGAGAGGUUAAAUCCAUGGUUGUAGAUUAGUAGAUUUCUUAUAUCUCUUCCUUUGUAAUAGAUUUCUUUUAUCUCUUCCUCUACAAAGAACUC